UGGAAGGGCUACACCCAUAUCAAAACUACACUUUUGAUGUGUCUGUUAAGGUCGCCUCUAGGAAUAGCUCUGAUCCUGAAGCAUGGAGUGACAGUAAACAGGAUAAAGCAAGGACUAAACAAGAUAUCCCUGCAAGAGGGCCAGGCGUCCAUGGAGGUGGAUUUGAAAUAAGAGAUGUAAAUCCAUCAGAUUCCACCCGAACAGUUGUUGUGUAUUGGGAGGAUAUCCCACAAGAAGAUAAGAAUGGUAUCCUUAUAGAUUGCCGUGUACGUGAUGUGUCAGAAGAUGGUCCUACAGUCUCAUAUAAUGCUGCAACUCUGUGUGUUGUUCCUGCAGAUAGGAACAUGUGCUCCACCACAUUAAAACAGGACCGGGCAUACAGAUUG